UGUUCAUUUGACAAGAUGUCCUCAGCCCUAGUUUUAUAUGGUACGAUUUGGAUAUUUCUAAUAUCAUUUGCUUGCGGCUCUUCCGAAGGUGUCUUUGAUAAAAUAAAAGCUGGUUUGCAGAAUGCUAAAAAUUAUAUAGAAACAGCCAGAGAUAUUGCAGACCUUGUUUCAAAGAGCUUGAGACCUAAAAUACCACCGAAGAAACGAGGAGAUGAAGCUGAUUUUAGUGAAGAGUAUGUGAAAAAGGAUUACGAACCUACACAUUUAGUAUCUACUUUCUUUCGUUUGCUUGGAUUAGAUUCUAAAAAAGUGACCGCAGUUGCCGUUAAUAGUUUUAUAUUCUUCGCCCAAAUGAUUAGUGAACUUUUCAAAUUAACUCCAAAAGUACAACGUGCCAAUACUAUAAAUGAAGAAACAAAUCCAUUAGAUCCAAUUCAAUUGAUGAUCGACAGCGAAAAUGAAAAGGUGCAAAAUCUAUUAAAAAAAGCCAAAGAUACAGAUUUACCAAAUCAGCUAAUUGAGCAUGCUGAUAGUUUUGACUCAUCAUGCAUAAAACUUCUACUAUGUAAGACAUCUCCCUUUAUUUGGGCAGCUCAAAAUUCACUAGAAGCUAGUAAAAAAAAUAACCACCACGAUAUUACAUUAUGGCUACCUUCGAAAGAAAAAUUUGAAGAAUACGCUGAUGAAUGUGAAGAUAAACAUACCGAUUGUGAAUUAAAUUUUGCUCUAUAAUAUGAUAAAAUACGUAACACUGUGAUUGUAAAGACUGAAUGAAAUUCAUUUUGUUUCGAAAAAACUAAAUAAAUUAUCCAAAUAGAUUGGUCGAGUUCAAAAAUAUAGGAAUUCGGCUAAUAAAGUGUACAUAUACUUAUUUGGUUUAAUAGAUAUCAUUGUUUUAUUUUCGUAUAUAGAUAAAAAUAAUUUAAUCAAUUACUUGACAUUCUUCUACUUUCAUCUGCUGAGUUUUAUUACUUCUAAACAAAAAACUGGAUGAUUUGUAACAAAAAUUAAUAACAGAUAUGAUUACUGUUUUUUACUUCGGUUAAUUAAUAAAGUGAGCGAGUAUGCCAACAUAAUUGAUGUAAGCAAUACCACACUUUUUAUAUUUUUUUUAUCAAAUAAUAUAACUAAUACACUGGAAAUAAAAUUUUUGUAAAACGCCAUCUUGGAAACCCAAGAUUUUUUAUAAAAAGGUUUUUUAUUACUAUUUCUAUAGAUUCCUCGCAAUAUUUAUUCUCUCUCUCUCUCUCUCUCUCUCUCUCUCUCUCUCUCUCUCUCUCUCUCUCUCUCUCUCUUUCUUUCUUUCUUUAAAUAUAAUAACAUGUCAUAUAUAUAUAUAUAUAUAUAUAUAUAUAUAUAUAUAUAUAUAUAUAUAUAUAUCUUUUUUAUACAAACUAAAAACUAGGA